CUGUGCUUGGUGGGACCGUGCUUGGAGCGAGCACCAGCCAUUUUGAAACCUGUUUGUUUCGAAGCAAGAAGCAAAACGCCACCAAAUUGAGUCGGGACAUUCUCACAAUUCCUGAUUCUCACUAUCUGGAGAAAGAACAAAUCAACAAAUACUUCCCUCUAUCUUAGUGACUCUUCGCCUAUCACCAUGACCUCUGUUGUUUCCCAACGCGUUCUGGCUUGUGCCAUGCUCCUGUGUCUACAUGCAGCACUCCCAGCCCAUGCUUUUCUCGAUACUGUCAGAGCAGAACCCUCCAGAAAGGGUUCUUCCUCACAGUUGUCAAUGGCAUGGACGCUGCCCACGUCCAUGAAGCCUUCGUUCCAGCCCACUUGGUAUCAAGAUUGCGGAAACCCCACCGUGAGGCAAGUCGUAUACGAAGACGAUUACUUGUUUGGAGAUGAAGAUUCAUACGAAUUUGCGUUCCGCAACUAUGGCAGUGACUGGUCCUCUGAUUUGGAGGGACCUGGCGCUGACACCGAGCUACAGCCAGACCACCUCCCACGAGGAGCUCGCAUCAGCCGCGCCGCUCGACGUGCCUUGAGCGGUAUCCGCAAUACUUUGCGACCCUAAUAAGAGGAGGCCAGCCAAGCCAUGCUUUUCCGUUCUUUCGGCACCACACGGCACAACCAAGAUUCACUCUGCUAUUCAUGCACUCUUCAUGCUACUGUUGCUACGCUACUUUCACAUCACUUGAAACCACCACUACUGCUACGAACCCUUGCUGCGGCUCAAGAAUGUAUCACCAUCAUCAUCUUUUAUACACUACACUGUAUCUGGCAUGUACAAGACCAUAUCAACGCCAUUCUUAGAGGCACUGCCAGUUACAUUGCUACCCACCAUCAUAACGACACACAGGCCCACACCAUCAUGCUAUUAGCUAUUUUUAAUUAACGGAUAGAUAGACUUUUAUCAUUUUACAAAAGCUGC